AUCUUCGGGGCUGGCCCUGGCAGCUCCUUCCUCAGCAGUGGCCGCCGUGGCCGCGCCGGCAGAAGGAGGGGCCAUCACCCGGGCUGCGAGCUAGCAGGCGCCGCUCCCACUCCCGCCGCCGGCCCGCGGCCCCCCGGCCCCGGCCGACGCGUCAGGGCCGCUUGCAGGUUGUGGGUGCUACAUGUGUGCUUUCAGAGCUGUAGUGUGAGGAAGCUUGAAGUGGGAUGGCAGGACGCCUUCAUCCUUAUGACAGUAACUCCAGUGAUCCAGAGAAUUGGGAUCGGAAAUUGCAUAAUAGACCUCGUAAACUGUAUAAACACUCAAGUACUCCAUCUCGUGUUGCUAAAGGAGGAGCAGACCACACCAAAAUGAGUUUACAUGGUGCUAGUGGUGGACAUGAGAGAUCCAGAGAUAGACGACGGUCAAGCGACAGAUCCCGUGACUCAUCCCAUGAAAGAGCAGAGUCACAACUCACUCCAUGUAUUAGAAAUGUUACUUCUCCCACUCGACAGCAUCACAUUGAACGAGAAAAAGAUCAUAGUUCUUCCCGCCCAAGUAGUCCUCGUCCUCAAAAAGCAUCCCCCAAUGGUUCCAGUAGCAGUGUUGGGAACAACAGCAGAAACAGUAGUCAGUCAAAUUCAGAUGGUGGUUGUAAGACUUCCGGGGAAAUGAUAUUCGUGUAUGAGAAUGCAAAGGAGGGAGCUCGGAGUAUAAGAACAUCAGAACGAGUAACAUUAAUUGUGGAUAAUACUAGAUUUGUUGUAGAUCCAUCUAUUUUUACUGCACAGCCAAAUACAAUGUUGGGCAGGAUGUUUGGAUCUGGAAGAGAACACAACUUCACACGUCCUAAUGAGAAAGGAGAGUAUGAAGUAGCAGAGGGAAUUGGUUCUACUGUAUUUCGAGCUAUUUUGGAUUACUACAAGACAGGAAUAAUCCGUUGUCCUGAUGGCAUAUCUAUUCCUGAACUAAGAGAAGCGUGUGACUAUCUUUGUAUCUCUUUUGAAUAUAGUACUAUAAAAUGUAGAGAUCUCAGUGCCCUCAUGCAUGAAUUAUCAAAUGAUGGUGCUCGUAGACAAUUUGAGUUUUAUUUAGAGGAAAUGAUCCUCCCUCUGAUGGUGGCCAGUGCCCAUAGUGGUGAAAGAGAGUGUCAUAUAGUGGUACUCACAGAUGAUGAUGUGGUUGAUUGGGAUGAAGAAUACCCACCACAGAUGGGCGAAGAAUAUUCACAGAUUAUUUAUAGCACAAAGUUGUAUAGAUUUUUCAAAUACAUUGAAAAUAGAGAUGUGGCCAAAUCUGUUUUGAAGGAACGAGGUCUUAAGAAAAUUCGAUUGGGUAUAGAAGGGUAUCCCACUUACAAAGAGAAAGUCAAGAAGAGGCCUGGUGGGCGCCCAGAAGUAAUCUACAACUAUGUCCAAAGACCAUUUAUUCGCAUGUCCUGGGAGAAGGAGGAAGGAAAAAGUCGGCAUGUGGACUUCCAAUGUGUGAAAAGUAAGUCUAUCACAAACCUAGCAGCAGCUGCCGCAGACAUUCCCCAGGACCAGCUGGUGGUCAUGCAUCCAACACCCCAAGUGGAUGAGCUGGAUAUCCUACCUAUUCCUCCUCCUCCUGGCAGCAAUGAGAUGGAUCCUGAGGGACAGAGUCCAAUGCUGUGAUGGAGGCAGCCCGUCUCACAAAUGCUAGCAUGCUCCUCUCACCAGUGAUGCUGCCCUUAUCCUUCGGCAUUGCAGUGCCACUGUUCUUCAUUGUGAAAUGCACACACCAGUGUUUAGGAGAUUGCAGUAUGUACUUUUUUUGUUUAGAAGACCAAAGGGAUCAAUUUGACAUCCUGAGGUUCCACUGAUAUAAAUGUCUUUGUUUACCAGUAGGUUUGUGAAAUUGGCUCUUUGUAUGCUGGACGGUUCUCUCACAUUUAGAAAUGGUGGGAUUGGCAGUAGGGGGUACUCGUGCACCUUUUCCAUAGAUGUUGGCCACAGCCUGGACAAAAUGCAGUAACACGAUUUUGAUAGUAGCACUUUAUAAAUGGUGGUUCCAUGGAAUUCUUAAAGCCAUUUUUUAUAGUUGUGAUGCACAGUACAAAUUUAAACAAGUGCUCCUAUCAAAGCCUCUUCAGCAAAAGAUGGAAAUGCAGUAGGUUUUGCUGCUCACCGUUGAGUGAGCGCAAAGUAAGUAUUUACCAUUGGGCUCAUGAGUGAUUAGGAUGAUACUCAGUAGCUGUUUAGUCUGUUUCCCAGUGCAGUUUUUCACUCAUCUUGUGUGAGUCACAUGCAGGGAUGUGAACAGCAGAGGUGAUUUAUCAUCCAGUCUGCCUUACCCUUAAUCUGUUCACAGAUAUUUAUUUACUGACAAGGUGUUUUCAUAAAUGUCAUGGGAUAGGAAUGAAGUGUUCACUUCUCGUUUACUAAAUGAUUGUAAACUUGAGUUUUUCAUUGAAAUAAACUUACAUUGUUUUCAUGUUUC